AUGCCAAUCGGCAACCGGCGUCAUGAUGGCAGCGAUACCAAGCGCAGCGAACAUGAAGUUUGGGAGGGUCUGCCCUUCGACCCCGACGAUCAGUCUUCCGUUGAUAGUCACGGCGACGACCCGGGCACUCCCACCAGCACCGUCGACUGCGACAGCACUACCACCACGGUCCAGAGCAUCUCGGCCGGGAGUAGUGCCUCACAGGCUUCAACCCUAACGUUCAAGCAGCAAGAAGAAGAAAAGGUCUCGAAGCUGUUUCUACUGCCCCAGGAGUUGUUUGACGAAAUCACCAAGUACUUACUCCCCGCCAACAUACUGAUCCUGGCACUCGCCAACAAGGAACUCAUGUCACGAUUCUUGCGCUCGGCCGGCAGUCUGGAAGGGUCACCAGCUGAAGGCCCUUCAUCUUGGAAGGCACUCGGGGCAUACAUCAGGCAGCUGGAUUCGAACAGGACCAAGGUUCGUGGGUCGUUCCUCAGCCUUCUGGACAAUGACUUGCUGGAUCUGGUGUACUGCUACAAGUGCAAGGUGAUGCACGACCCGUUCGUCACCUUCAAGGACAGGGCCUAUGCCCCCAAGAAGGCCAGCAGGUGCACCGACUGGGCUCCGGAUCACCACAUGCCUCCCCGUGCAACACGCAAGCUUCUGCGCACCAUCACCAAACGGCGGAGGCUGGGUGCCGAGUACCGAUACCUGCUACGGCAGGUCAACAACACCAUGACCAUCUACCAGAACGGCAUCAUGUCCCAGACCUCGCUACGGAUCCGCUAUCGGGACAACGCGCAACUGUUGAGACGACAGCAAGUCAUAUCCACCAUGGAUAAGACCUCAAUGGCCCUGUGGCUGUUCAAGCAACAGUUGCAAGAUCCCGCUCCGUGCGGUAGUGCAUCACUGAACAAUCCCAAGGUCUGGAAGAUCUGCAAUCACCUCGCCUGGGACGACAAGUAUACCCCGUUCCUGGAGAAGUUGGUUCAUUCGCUAUGCAAGGAGCCACAUGAUGGGGAGCGGUUUCCGCUGCACACGCCAGCUUGCUUCACCAAUGCGCCGCUAGACGUGUCAAAGCAGGAUGAACACAUGGUUGCCGAGAGGCUGAAGAAAGUCAUCUCUGGAGCCAAGGAUAAUCCGAUGGACGUACCGUGCCUACUGGGAGACGUGAUGGGCUGUAACAAGUGCACCACCGACUUCAGCCUCGACGUGGUCCCGCUCCCCCAACCCUUCCACUGGGGCUUCGCUCUAACAACUUGGUUGGACUUGGGAGAGGUCGACUUUAGCGGCAAAUGGGACUCGCACCGGGACUUGAGGCCGGGGAGGGAAUACAAGCGCGCGCAACAGACGGGCGACAUCUGUGAGAAGUUCGAGGACUUGAAGUCCCGACUUGACUUCCGCCCUCGGAUCAACAAGCUGAAUCAGGAGAGAAUGGGCAACUUUGGGUGGGGCAAACGAGCUGCCAACGGGAAGGAUAAAUUCAUGACAUGGAGUUGUGGACACAGCUGUGAUCCAGCGACGGGCAUGCUGCAAGACCCGGACCCGCUGGAGAAGGCGGACUACUAG